CACACUCACAUAAUGGCCCCACGUGCAGAGGCUCUCCCAAAGAGCGAGUCGAAGAAGAACUUUCUCGACCGCAUUGGGCUCAAAGAAAAUCAAAUGAAGGAUCGACGAUUGUAUGAUAUCAUGAAGAGAGAAGCAUCCGAUGGGCGAUCACGCAUCAUUGCUGCCAUGAAGGCCGAAGGGCCAGCUAGCACUCUUGGGCCAGCAUCAUACGGUCCCGACGGAGAAGAGUUCUUUCCGUCAUCAUACGUCGGUGAUCAGAUACUCUCCGAUGAGUCCCUUCGCGUCUACAACCGAGCCUGUCCCGACACCCGCAAGAUCUACGACCUCGCCUUCGACCCCGAUCGACCUCGCGAUCCCAACUGGAUCAUCCGCUGGUUCCUCUGGCAUGUCUUCCGCUAUCGUGAUGGCCGACAAGCUCGACAAAAGCUGCACCACCCUAAAGCACGACCAAUCCGUCCUUUUCCAUAUCGUGGCUCGAAGGAAGAUCACAGACGAAACGCACUCCUGUACGAAUCAGCCAGCAAAGACUCAUGUCCUCGGACAUGGCGGCCUUACAAUGUCGAGCUGAAGGAUCACUACAGCGGCGCGCCGCAUUUCUACGACGUCGCCCAGUCGUUCCGCACUGAGGUCAAAAGUCACUAUACUACAUCGCCUCCAAUGAGGAACGAGGAGAGAUCUCGCUUCGCAGCAUCUUCAGGUAUCAGUAAACCUUCAUACCGCUCGGGUCGACGAUAUGAUCCUGUGAGAGACAUUCUUAUCUGAACUAUCUGGAUCAAGCGAUGUACUUACCAAACAUGGUGAGAAGAAGAGUGGUGAGAAUCACUCAUCUGGUUGGAGAAUAAGUAGUUGAGUCAUCUACAAAUACUCGUGAGACAAGGAAAAGUUUAGAGAAGGAGGCUAUCGGCCAUGAUCUGGCUUUGCGAAUGGUGUUGUGCUAUUUCAUGUAUGCUUUAUGAUGAUGAUAG